GAAGUAGCCCGUUCCCUUUGGCGCGUCGACCUCCUUUUUCUUCCGGUCGACUUGUUUGGGCGCCCCAAGUCUCCGUUAGGAUUUGGAAGUCUUUAGCUGGGAGCUUGCUGGCCCCAGAGGGCAAAGACGAGCCCCGAGGGAUUGGAUUCGGUCAACAACUUUUUAGCCAGCCCGCUAUAUCCCAAGUUCGCACCGUCUUAGGCGCCGGAGGUUCGCAGAAAGGCGAAGAAUAGGAUCGCAAAAACUCAUCCCCUUCCUACCUGUGAUUUUUACAUCUACCUGACGCUGUACCUGGAAUCCGGAGCCGCCAGACUUUCUUUUGGACUUCCAGAAAUCCCCAAGUUGGAGAAUGUCUGUGACAUUGCACACAGAUGUAGGUGAUAUUAAAAUAGAAGUCUUCUGUGAGCGGACACCCAAGUCAUGUGAAAACUUCUUGGCUCUUUGUGCUAGUAAUUACUACAAUGGGUGUAUAUUUCACAGAAAUAUCAAGGGCUUCAUGAUACAAACAGGAGAUCCAACAGGUUCUGGGAAAGGAGGCAACAGUAUCUGGGGCAGGAAAUUUGAAGAUGAAUACAGUGAAUACCUUAAGCACAGUGUUCGAGGAGUUGUAUCCAUGGCUAAUAAUGGCCCAAACACCAAUGGAUCACAGUUCUUUAUUACUUAUGGCAAGCAGCCUCAUUUGGACAUGAAGUAUACAGUAUUUGGAAAGGUAAUAGAUGGCCUAGAAACUUUGGAUGAACUAGAGAAGCUGCCAGUAAAUGAAAAGACUUUUCGGCCUCUUAAUGAUGUACACAUUAAGGAUAUUACCAUUCAUGCCAAUCCAUUUGCUCCGUAACUGCAAUGUAUUGGAUAAAGAUUUGUCAAGCUCAAUAUAGCAAACACUUCACUCUUGUGCACUUCUUCAUCGUGCCACAAGCUACAUCUUUCUAUUAAUUUACUCAGAACUGAGACUGUGGGCCUUUCAAAAGCCUGUCCACUAUGAAAUAAUCGAAAGAAAACAAGCCAAACCAGAACAGUACAACACAUCCAGCAAAUAUUUAUGAGAACAGUCAUACAUAAUUGCUUCCUCCAUGAAAGCAGGUAAAAGAAAAAAGUUUUCAGAAGUGAUAUACUACAGACAAUAAUAUCUAUCUUCAUGGUCAUAACAGUGUGAUAUUAGAUUUGUUACUUUUUUUAAAAAAUGAAAUAAAACAAUGUGUAUAACUUGGAAAUG